AUGUAAACAAUAAUGACCUUGAUAGAAUAGAAAAAUUAACAAGUUUUAGAAUUACUCAGAAACUUUGUUCUAGAUUAUUCAAAUAUUGAAUUGUUUAAAAGUCUAAUACUUGAAGAUUGUAAUCCUGAUACCACGUUUGCUCUUUAUUCAAUUAUCUAAAAAGGUCUUAUAAAUGGGGAUCAUUUUACAAAUUUGCCUCAUUAAAAAGUAAGCACUGAGUACUUUUAUAAUGAAUAUGAUCAUCGAAUGAAUAUUACAGAAAUUUGCACAAAACAUAUUGAAAUUGCUCUAAUUUAUUUGCAAUCAACUCAUAAUCAUCCAAAUUAUGUACAAAAUUAAGUAAUCUUUACAAUUGCACUUCUAAUGAGAAAGAAUUGGGUUGACAUUUUAAAAAUUGAAGAUCUCAUAAGUUAAAUUAUCAACAGCACUAUUUAAGCAAAUAAAAUAGUGUUUUUUAAAAUAUUUGAAAAUUUAAUAAGUUGUAUUCGAUAAUACUCCUAUGCUAAUGGGUAUAUUGAAUUUAGAAAAAUCCUCAAUAACUUUUAAAUGUUAUCCUUAUCGAAAAUAAUAUCAGCUAUUCAUUAACAAAUUUAACAAUUAUAAGGAUCUUCCUUGUUGUAAUUAUAUACAUAAAAUAAAACAAUGGCAGAAUCCUUUAUUAACAUAUUAUAUCAGUUGAUGAACUUGAAUUUUAACUUAAGUUAUUAUGAGAUUGAUAUGGACAAUGAUGGAAAGGACACUUCCUAAUUGACCAAUUUUCCAGAUUAUUAUUUAGACUUGAUAAUCGACCCUAUAUUUUUGAGAGAACUGUUCCAAGAUACAAUUGGGUUCAUAAACGUUGACCAAAAUCUAUCUCUAUAGUGUAUAACCAUGCUUUAAAGGAUUGCUUGUGUGAGAUUAUCUAUAUUUCAUAAUAAGAAAUGUAAAGGAGGAUUUAGAAGAGCAAUGUGGGAAGGACUGCUCUAUUUAUAUUAGAACCAAGAUUAAUUUAUUAAUUACGUAGAAUUCUCAUCUGAAAUACAUUCCUUAGCAGUUAGGGUUAUUAAUAAUCUUACAUUGAGAAAAAUAGCAAAAUUUUAAUUUCAAUUUGAUAAUUUUUUUUAGUUGAUAUAAUAAGUCUACUAAAAAACCAUUUAGAUAUAUGGAGUCAAAGUCAUUUUGAAUAGUCCAAUAAUUAAAUUAUAAGAACUAUGGAAUUAAAUUAGUUAUUAGGGAUCAUUACAUCAGCCUUUGCAUGAGGAAUUUAAUGUAAAAAUAAGCAUGGUUAUGUAAAAUCAAUUAAUUUUGGUAUUGAAAGCUUUUUUUUAAUAAAAUCAAUUUACAGAAAUCCCUUAAGAAUGCAGUGUUAAAAAGUUUAAAAAAUUAUUGGAAUUAACCUUUAUGCCUUUUCAUUGUCUUUUUAAAUCGCAUAUCUAAGAUAAUAUCAAUCUUAUUUAACAGAUGAUCGAACAAUUAAGAGGGGAUAAUGAAUAUUAAUGUGCUGCUGUCAUAAGUCUCACAAUAGUAUUUUUGUUGCAUACAUCAAACACUGAGAUCUUAAAUAUGGGGUUUGAUUCCUAUAACUUUGGAUAGAAGGAAGAACCAAAACCUAAUCUUGAUGGCUAAUCGUAUAUCCUAAAAUUUAUAGUGGAACUGAUCAUGAAUUAACAAGUGCAAAAAAAUACAAGAAUUUUAAAAAUUGCAAUCUUAUCGUUCAUAGAAAGCUUUAUUGCAACAACAAUUGACUCUUUUUGUUAUGAUUAAGAAACUAAAAAUUUCAAGAAUCUUUCUCAAAUAUAUUCACAAUUGAUUCGUAUAGAUCAAAGAUACCAAAAUUACGUCUUAGUUUUAGAGACUAUGCUUGAUGAAUGUUUCUAAGUAUUUACCUAUGGUGAUCCUCAAUUAAUAGAAUUCAGUCUUAAAUUAAUUGAAUUUAUUUAUUAGAAAGUCAAAAAGUACAUUCCCAGAAAAGUAUUCAAGGCUUGCACUAUCACAGACAUGUUGAAGCAGUUCUUCUUAUAAUUAAAUAUCACUUGUCUGAAUACACCUUAAUAUAUAAAGAAGAGAGCUAUGGUCUUUAAAAUUAUCACUAUUGUUUGGGUGGAUGAUUGCUCUGAUGAUUAUCUUAAUGCACUUGUUGACAUUUACAACCAAAUAAAGAAAAGCAUUUAGAUUGAGAUGAAUAAGCUUAAUAUUCUAAAAUACGUUUGGGAUCUUAUUGGUAUUGCAUCCGAAAUAGAUGUCGAUAAUAUUUAUAGAGCAUUCUUAAGAAUAAUAUAUCCUGAUCUUGCAGGACUAUUGACACAGGAAAAUAUUGAGCUUUUUGCUAAAGAUUACGAUUCUUCCAUUGCCAUCAUCACAUUGUUCAAAGCCAUAUUUUAUAAUAAAAACACGAGAUUGUCAACUGAAAACAUUUAACUAAUAUUAUAUCAAAUUUAUGGUAAAGCCAUGAAAUUCUUCAUCAUACUAAUUUAAUAGUAAAUUUAAACAGCAAAAACCCAGUAAAAGCUAUCAGAUUUGUAAUUGAAGUAAGUAUCCAAACUUUUCGCACUAAUGAGUCAAAUAUCAGGAUAGAAGAAAAUUAAUUAAGGAUUUUUCAUUAUUUAUAAUGAUUAAUCUUUUCUGGAACUUUUUACCUUAUAGAUACAACUCAUCUUAAUUUAUCGACCAUUGCUUUAACAUAUCCCAAAAUACAAAAAAUUGCUAUAUGAAUGUUUUGAUUGCAUAUGUUAGGACCAUUCAGAAACAUUGGCUUACAAGUGUAACUUGAAUUUGUAUCUUGAUAUAUUCCUUAUUUGUAAGGAGUCAUUAAAAGACAUUAUUUAUGAUAAUUAAGGUGAAGAUACAAUAAAUGAGAAUAGUGCCACACUAAUACUAAUUGGAACUCUAUUGAGCAAUAUAUCAACAUUUUUAGUUUAAGAAGCUUCGGUUGGAGACAUCAAUGAUUUACAAAUGAUAAAAAAUAAAAUAAAUGGAAUAAUUGUAUAGGGAAAACAAAUACUAUUUGACAUUUUUAAUUUGAGCUGCUAAAUCACUUUAAUUUAUCCCAAAAAUUCGAAACUAAUAUUUGCCAUUCCAGAAAUCUUAUAUGCAGUUUCAAUAUUUAGCCCAUAAGAUUUUGAGACUCUUCUCAUCACAAUGAUAACCAAUUAAAUAGGAAUAACAAAAAAUCCUAUCAUUGAUUAAAUCAGUUUAGCUUUCAAAAACCUUUAGGGAGAGUUAUAAAUUUCAAAUAAAGAAGAUUUUACAAGAAAAAUUAAAGUAGUUUUAGAAAUGUAUAAAUGA